AUGAUAAGUAAUAGUCCCUACUCUGUUCUUUGCCUAAGUUAUUUUAUUUUCUCAUCUUUUUCUAUUUUUCAGUUACCUUCUUUCUUUCUUUCUUUCUUUGUUUCUUUGUUUCUUUCUUUCUUUCCUUUUUUCUUUCUUUCUUUUAAAAAAAGAAAAAAAAAAGGCUAUAUCUGUAAUUUUUCUCCACUCUCUCAUAAUCUCUUCCCUAGUUCCCCGUCACCUUUUCAUUUGUCCCCUUCUUUCUUACCCGCUCUUAUCUCAACACUACUUCACGUGUUUUCACAGUGUCUCCCUGUUUACACAAUUAAUCAAGACUUAAAACUCGAAGCCGGGAGGAGGCUUACAAACUCGCUACGUUUUCCUCCAUAUUUUUUUAUCCUUUUUUUUGAUUCCCAUCCUCCGACUGAUUCUUUUCUUUUAAAAGAAUCCGAUUUUCUUCUCACGAUUCUUUCUUUGUUCUUUCUUUCUUUUUUCUUUCUUCCUUUCUCUUUUUCUUUCUUUCUAUCUUAUUUCCAUCUCGCGGUUCUUCUUUUAUUCCUCAUUUUCUUCUUUCUUUCUUUCUUUUUUCUCCUAUUUCCUUCUUACGAUUCUUUCUUUCUUUUUUCUGAUUUUCGCUUCUCGAUUCUUCCUUCCUUCCUUCUUUCCGAUCUUCCUUUUCUUUUUUUUCUUUCUUUUUCAUUUCCUUUGAUCGAUUCUUCUUUUAUUCAUCAUUUUCCUUUUUUUCUCUUUUCUUUUUAUUUCUUCAUCUCUUCUAGAUUUUUUUUUUGUUUGUUUUUUCUCUUUUCGUUUUUCUUUCGAAAACCGCCCCCACCCCACCAUACAUCUGCCGAGGCUGUUUGGAGAGCCGUCUUUAUCCACACCUAG